GCUCACGCUGGCCCAUCCUUCACGCGAUCUCAUAUCUGUAUCCCCUCUCUCUCGGCGGCGACUGCGGAUUCCGUCGCCGCUAGAUUUCGCCGGCGUUGUUCUCCGACCGUAGCUUGUUCGUUUGUCGAUCGACUCCUCAACCAUGGGCUCGAUUGUGCAGGGGUUUACCAAGUCACUCGCCAUGACUUUUCUGUCGGAGAUUGGCGACAAGACGUUCUUCGCUGCUGCUAUUUUGGCGAUGCGUUAUCCAAGAAGACUUGUGUUAGCCGGUUGUCUCACAGCAUUGAUUGUCAUGACUAUUCUCUCGGCCCUCGUUGGAAUGGCUGCUCCAAAUCUGAUCUCUCGUAAAUGGACACAUCACAUAACAACGUUGUUGUUCUUUGGCUUCGGUCUGUGGUCUUUGUGGGACGGUUUUAGAGAAGAGGGAGACUCUGAAGAAUUGGCUGAAGUCGAAGCAGAACUGGAUUCUGACUUGAAGAAAGGUGGAAGUACAAAAGAAAACAGCAAGGUUGAAGAUGAACAGAAAAAGCAGAAAAGGCCAUUUCUUACACAAUUCUUCUCUCCCAUUUUUUUGAAGGCAUUCUCGAUUAAUUUCUUUGGCGAGUGGGGUGACAAGAGUCAGCUUGCAACUAUCGGUUUGGCUGCUGAUGAAAAUCCGCUCGGUGUGAUCCUUGGUGGAACUGUAGCCCAAAUCUUGUGCACAACGGCUGCUGUCAUCGGUGGCAAGAGCUUAGCCUCUCAGAUAUCGGAGCGAAUAGUUGCUCUUUCAGGUGGAAUACUUUUCAUUGUUUUUGGCAUCCAAUCUUUUCUCUCCCCGGUCGAGCCCUGAUGCUGAAAUCCUCCAAUAUGGUUCUACCAUUGGAAUACUUCUUUGGUGAGAGCUGAAUCUGAAGAACAUUUCAGUCCCCAGGAUUAUUUAGAUCUAUGGCUUUAGAUGUGGCUUAGAUGUUUACACAAGUGAUUGGAAGAUUUGAGAUAUUUGGCUGAAGCAUUCAUAUCAAGGAACUUGGCCCUUAUCUUGACUUUGAAAAUAAAGUUUUGUUCAGCAA